AUGGCGGAGGAACCGUUCGAUUUCAGCGGAGACAUUCCGGAAGAAGUGAACACUCUUCUGACCGAUUCAGAAGAGCCGGGACUUCUUUUCAAUGAAACAACGACGACUACGAUGGCGACCAGCACUCUGGUCAACAGUAUCACUUCCACCGUCGGUAAGCACAGUUUCACAAUAAAAUCAUUUCCAAAAUGCGUUUUCGUUUCCCUGCAGUUCCUCUGCUCACCGCCGGAUACCAGCCGAAUCCGUUCCGCAUCGGACUGCUCGCCUUCAAGUGCGUUCUCAUCAUCCUUAUGUUCACUCUCUCGUGCACGAUCCGUCGCGACUACUUCAAAUUCUUCGUCCUUUUCCUCGUCGUUCCCUUGUUCAUCGAGGCCGGAUUCGACAUUUUCACGGAAAUUCACGCGAGCACCGCCAUUUUCGGAACUCAGUGAGUGCGGGAAACGGGAAGUGUUACUGUAGUCGUGAUUGCAGGCAGUUCGAAUUGGAGUACUUUAAUCUGGCGCCAACGACGAACGACACAGCCACGGACUGGCAGAAGUGAGUCAAUUAAAAGCGCCUCCAAUCACAGUACGCUCUUCAGACGUGCCGUUGAGAGCUAUGGUCAGAUCCUCCAGAAGUACACCACUUAUCAACUCUACACGUAAACUAUUCUUACUUUUUGCCUUCAACAAAUUUAAUACGUUCAGAAGGGACCAGCUGUUCUCGAUCGUCUCGUACGUGGCCGGAGACUUCAUCUUCUGGAGUCUUCUUUUCUCCACCACCACCGUUUUUUUCUACGCUCACAAAGCCGUGGUCCGUCCAGAACAAAUCACUUACGAUCCGAUCGGGUACCUUUUUCUGAUCUCUCACCUCUUUUCUAAUCAUUAUUUUCAGGCGUUCCUUCUUGAAAGUGCAGAUCCUUCCGAUCCUUUUCACUGCUAUCGACACGCUUAUUUCCCUGUUCGAAGUCCCCCACUGGGUCUAUCUCUCCGUUCUGUUCAUCCUCCGAAUCACUGCCUGCACAGUCGUCUUCAUCAUUUUCACCCAACUUUUCGCAGUAAGUACCUGUUCUUUAUCUCUUUUUUUAUCUUUCCUCUUCAGUCUUUGUUCCUCUUCUGCCGUCGCAAAGAUGAAAUGACGAAGACGUCCCCGUACGAACACGUGCGCAACAGCAAGUUCCGGCUCCUCCUCUUCGUGCUGUUCACCCUGCUCAUCCACUCACUCACCGUCCCGUAUAUCAGUGAGUUCCCAUUCUCACCCUCUUCGUCUCAUCCAUCCCCUUUUCAGUCUGGUCUGGAUUGACGAUUGCCUUCGACGUCGGACAUCUCCUCGGCUUCAACUGGUACAUUCCCCUGCACUUCGCUUCCGAACUCUUCCCUCUUCAUCUCACUUUCUUCCUGCUCCGCCCAUUUGUCUUCCUCGUUCUGGCUCUUUUCCUCCUCAAUCCGUACCGUCGUCGCUUCGUGAAAUUCUUCUGUCCGUGCUGCAGAAAGCACUGA